GAAGCAAAGCAGUAGGUUCCUUUUCGACAUUUAUUGCGUUCAAGAAUUGCUUCGUGGAGGUUAAAAGGGGUAACGAGCGAGUGGCCCAUGCUCGCAAUCGGGAAACGUCAACACGUCUCCGCAAUACCUCACUCGCAUCUGCGACAACCCACUCAACCCAGUCACUCAUUCACCAAUUCCAAUCUCCAACAUGGCGCCCAUAUCGACCAAGGACAAAUACUCGGUGCUUCUCCCCACGUACAACGAGCGCCGCAACCUGCCCAUAAUAACAUGGCUGCUCAACAAGACCUUCACCGAGAAUAACCUUGACUGGGAGCUCAUCAUCAUCGACGACGGCUCCCCGGAUGGCACCCAGGAAGUCGCCGCCCAGCUCCAAAAAGCCUACACCCCCCAACGCAUCCAGGUCCGCGCCCGCGCUGGCAAGCUAGGUCUCGGCACCGCAUACGUCCACGGCCUGCAGUUCGCGACUGGCAACUACGUCAUCAUCAUGGACGCCGACUUCUCGCACCACCCCAAGUUCAUCUCGGAGAUGGUCCGCGUGCAGAAGAGCAAGAACUACGACAUCGUGACGGGCACGCGCUAUGCGGGCAACGGCGGCGUGUACGGCUGGGACUUGAAGCGCAAGUUUGUGUCGCGAGGCGCGAAUCUGUUUGCCGAUACCGUCUUGAGGCCUGGUGUGAGCGACCUCACGGGCAGCUUCAGGCUGUACAAGAAGGAGGUGCUUCAGAAGGUCAUCAGGAGCACGGAAAGCAAGGGGUACACGUUCCAGAUGGAGAUGAUGGUUCGCGCAAAGGCCAUGGGCUGCACGGUUGCCGAGGUCCCCAUCUCGUUUGUCGACCGUCUGUACGGCGAGAGCAAACUUGGCGGCGACGAGAUCGUCGAGUACGCAAAGGGUGUGCUCAACCUGUGGAUGAAGGUGUAAAGGAUUAGAAAACCUUGCAUGACAUUGGCGUUGGAUGGGUGGGGCUGCGGGAGUAUUCUGGGACCACCUGGGCUUAUGGUGUGAUAUCCUGAGCAGGUACGAAGAAGAUGACUGAGGCUUCUUUACAUUUCGCAUACACUACUUCCUUUAACUCUUCACAAACGCAUCUUGUUCUUCUCUCUCUCCCGCUGAUGCUUGCAUAAACUCCCUCUCUGGCGUAUCUGCAACGCGGCAAGAAAACACAAACAUAUCACGUCAAGCAACACCUUUAUUACAGUUUAGACACCCUCCCAACGAACCAUGCAGGGAAUAAUGAAACCAGUCCCCCCCCAACCAUCCCAUCCAUCAUCUCACUUGCCCCCAAAAUACCCAUCUCCAUUCUCCAUCUCCUCA